UUAAAUACUUCGUGGAAUGUCUCAAAUAACUUCUGAGUUCACUUGAUAAAUUAUCUGGAAUUGUUAUAAAGAGACGAGACUGCAUUUUAUUAUCAUAAGUAGCCGUAGGAGUUUUUCAAAUUUAUGUACAAACAUUGAAAUGUAUUCAACAAAAUCUAUCUAUCUCAUAUUAGUUUUGGUGACUUUAGGAGUUACAGGAGAGCAAUCAAAGUGUGCAAAAGAAUUGAAUGUAGAGAAAAACGACUGGGUUGAGUUCAAAAAAGACCCCACAAAUCCAGCUGAAAAACUGUUGUGCUUCUUCAAAUGUGAAUACACCAGAUCUGGAGCACUAAAAGAAGACAAAACUUUGAAUGCAGAUAAACUAAUCCAGCAUAUUGAGGAGUGGAGAAUUUUAAAAGCGACCACAAAAUCUGAGAUCAAAGAAUGCGUUCAAAAAUUGACAAUACCUGUCAAUACAUGUGCUGAUGUUAAACCGUAUCAUAUAUGUGUGCAUAAUGCUGUUCAUAAAGAGUUGAAUGAAACCCACUGAAUAUUCAUCAACAAGAAGCCAAUCAAUAUUUCAUCAUCCAACCGUAUCUUUCAAAAUAAAUAAUGAACUUUA